GUAGUAUGAGUUGCUGGACGAAAGAGAAGGGCUGUAUGACACGAAAUUUGGAUUUAGCAGCGGCUUUGGCUUUGACUCUGCCCUUCGCUGUAUUGACCACGGCUACAGAUCAAAUACAGCAUAUUCGUAGCGCUUCAUCGAAAAUAAGACGCUGAAACGUGCUGCAGACCGUAUCAAUACGAUGUGUGGCACUUCAAAUGUUCUUCAAUGCUGCUGAUGCUUCGGGUGGAUUUAUUUCGUAUGCAGUUUUUUGUGUCCCUUUUUCUCUGAGGAAAGAGAUAAGGAUGUAAUAAAACUCCUCUAAACAAGAAUUUGCCAGCUAAGCAACUCAGCAUCACGCAUUUGAAGUUUGUUAGCCGAAUUAUUGUUAGGCCUAAUAAUGUCAGCUCCACGAAUUGCGAGGGGGUCGAAAGGGAGAAUUUUACUCUACUUAGGUGCUGUGCUUUUCGUUGGCCUCACUGUGGUCAUUAUUCACGAGACGCAAACAAGAAUAGAUGACCUGCGGAAAUCAUCCGAGAAGUGCCAACAACAGCAGGAAUCUCUCUCAGCACAGCUUCAAGUAAUAUUUGAGUAUAAAACGAGGCUGGAGAAGUCGGUGCAGCAAGAAAAAGCGGACCACAAGAAAACUCACGACAACCUCAGCUCCCAGUUGGAGAUCGAAAAGAACAAGCGUGCGAGAGAGGUGCUCGACACUACCAACAAACUGGCCUCACUGCAGCAACACUACAAACUCCUCCAGGGCCAACAUGAAGAUUUAGCUGAGGAAUGUAAUGGAGUGCGCAACGGGGCCAUCAAAGCUCUUGAAGAACAAAGAGUGGCUGAGAGUACGCUACAAAAGUUGAAAGAACAAUCUAAUUUGGAAUCAAAUAUUUAUAAGAGCCAAGUGACACAGUUGAAGAUCGAUAAUGAAAAACUGUCAAAACUCUUAAAAGAAGAUGCUGUUGAAAUAUCAAAUCUCCAAGAUGAAAACCAGCGACUCGACAAUGAAUUGAACCAGUGCAAGAAGCAGCUUUCUUUGUGCCCAUCCAAGUCGUCAGUUGCACUGAAUGUGCCUAACUUCCUAUCGCCGUCAGCUGCUAGCAUUUCUCCCUCUCCAAUGAACUCCAAUAUUAAAAAUCAGCAAAAUGUCCUUCAUCAACCCGAAGAGCCAAAGGCAUCAAGUUCUUCUCCAACUGGAAUGAAAAGUACAGCCAAAAGCAACGUAGUUCCAGUUCCAGCGCCUGGACCUGAAGCCCCAAAACCGCUGGCUGGAAUUUUCGAGCAGCUGCUGCCAGCUGGGGUGGUUCCUCCUGCAGUAGUACCCAAGGUGCAGAGCGACGACGACAACAACAUCCACAAAAACUCGCUUCUUGGCAAAAACUUGGAGGAGUCGCGACAGCUUGUAAAGCCUUUCCAAGGCCGGUUUUUGCGCCAGCCCGAGCCAGAGGAGGACGAAGAACAGAAGAAGGCUGUAGGAGCGCCUCCGCCUGAGCAGCAGCAGCAGCAGCCAUGGCGCCAGGGCAAUGCCCUUGAUGAGGAGGAUGCACGUCGCGGAGGGGCCGGCGGCCUUUUCCAGAACUACAAGGACGAGGAUGGCGCCGCUCCCCAUUGGAAUGGAGUAAAUCGCCAUCUGCCUGAGGGCGAGAGACACGAAGAUCUGCAACUUGAGGAUCCUGAUGAAGACGAAGGAGAUGAUGACGUGGAUCAAAUUGAUUACGGCAACGAUGCUGUAAAUAACAAAAACCUUCCCAACGCCAAGCAAAAAGCUCACCGAAAGUUUCCCUUGGGUGGAAAGCAUGAUAGUGUAAUGGUCAAUCCGAAAUGAUGCGACUAAUUCACCCACCUGAUGGACGAGGAACUCUUGUACAGUAUAAUCAUUGAUAGUCAACUGUGAACUGUGACUGCACAAAUGCGCCAUUGACGUGGACUAGUAAAACGCACACGAAUCUUUGAAUAGGGACAAGACUUUCAUUUCAGGUUUGAAAUGCUUGUGAAGGUGAUAUUUAUGUAAAUUUAAAAACAUCAAAUAGCAUUUAUUACCGAGACAGAUAGCAUGUUUCUGACAAGGAGAGAUUCUAUUUAACUAAUAUAUUUUUAACUUGUUAAAGGAUUGACGCAUUUUUGUACAUUUUGGUUAAAUUUUUGUUAUGUUCGAUUUUUUUUAAUUAAGCGUUCCUUGUAAAGAGUAGAGGGCUCUAUUGUUCAUAAUUCGUUCCUAUGCGGUUGAUGAGAAAUAAAAAUAGGAAUUUUAUGGAUAAAA